AGUGUCACGGAAAUCAGAAAUGGCGUCGACCAGCGUUUCAAAGGGCCAAAUCCUCUCCCUCUACCGUUCCCUCCUCCGGACUGCUCGCCAGUUCAGCGACUACAACAUUCGGGAGUACACCAAGCGUCGGACAGUGGAUGGCUUCAGGCAGAACCGCGGUUUAACCGAACCGUCUUUAAUCUCCGCCGCGUUCUCCGAAGGGAAAUCUCAGCUCCAAGUCGCCGAGAGACAGGCCGUUGUUUACUCGCUCUACGCUCCUGAUAUCAGAAGCGUUAUGGAGACCAACUUGAAAGGCAAGCGCUGAAGACGACUUGUGUUUGUAUCUGUAUUUUUCAUUCUCUCUUCCCCGGCUUUCCAGCAGAAAUACUUAUUCUAGAAUGAUUUUAGUCCGGCUUUUUAAUUGUUCACGUUUCUACCUGGAUUGGGACUCUGUAGUUUCGAUAUUGCUAGUGUCUGUGGUUACUAAGUGGUUAAUUUCAUAGACGAAUAAUCAAUCAGAUGGUUUAGGGUUUUUCUUCUGAGUCAAGUUCGAUUCCUGAAGAAGAGUUUGUUUAAUUCGUUAUGAACUACAACCAUGAUUGAAAUUUCAGUUCAGGUGGAUGAUAACAAAUACUUGUUUCUUAGAUAAUUCAUAAUUGUCUUCAAUACUUCCCGACGAGGUACCUUUUGCAGCGAUUACGGAACAAACUUGAGACGGCUUCAGAUUGUUGGACAUGUUAGCUGAGGUGUAGAACCCAGAAACAAUAACAAGAUUCUUUCUUGAGUGAUUGUUAUGUUGUGCUCAUGUGUUCAAGUAGUGUCUAGAAGUUGAUUUCCAAAGGGAAUGUGUGAUUGUCAUUUCCUACUGAGACAGACAUCGUUUGAGUGUAUGCACUAGAUGCUGAUGUAAUGAGGAUUGCUAUUUGCUAAUACGUUGAAGCUUGUAUGAAUAAUUUGUAGCCUGGUGACAAUUUCUGCUCCUUCUCCUUGUGUAAUUGAAAACAAAUUUGUCCUCCGUCAUCCGUGUUUAUGUUGCUACAGAUAAGCUCUACUCAAUGAGAGGAAAGAUUUGUGUCUUGCAAUAGCUGCUCGAAUGAUAAUGGCUUCCUAGAAGAUUAUGGUUCCACAUUCAGUUGAUAUUGUGAGUGACUGUUCCAUCGAGCAGGAUUUUGCUUUUGCCCAGUUUUGUUUCGUUUUUCAGAAUGCAGUGAUUUUUAUUAUAUUUGGAUGUUGAGCAACAGCAUUCAUUGUACUAUGGUUCAUUAGUCAUUUUACUCAGCUUCCAGUAUGGACUUGGACUGUGUUUGUUGGUAUUGUUCUGGUUCAAGCACUGUUAUACAGCAACUGAACCUCUGGUUCAGAUUUCAACCAGAUAUUAGGUUGGUUCCUUAAGAAACGAAGCCGAAAUACGAAAGAAGUUCUCUCCUGCUAUCAUGUAAAGUUACAUUGACAUGCUUUUACAUUGUUUUUUUGUUUUAGCCAACUGAAUGGUUGGUUGAAGAGCCAUAAAUUCUUUCCCCAGUGUUUGACCUUUUGUGGGUGUGUCACGAACAUAGACUUCCAAAGCCUGUGCGGCGGUCAACACGGUUCGUGACAGGAACGCUGAAGCUUUUUGAUGGUGUAGAUAAAGCUCUUAUGUCCUUAUGAUUGUCAUUUGCUCUCGUCAUUUGCUCUCUAACCAGAUUUCUCUUGGAGCAAGCUGUUCUAUGAAGCUUCUAGAUUAAUGAUUUGAGUAUUUGACAACGAUAUGAAUGCUGGUAUUUGCUUGUUGGAUCUUAAUAGCCAGUGUAAAGGGAUUCUGUCAUUUAAUCAUUUACAAGGAUGUGUUUGGUUGAAUUUGUGCUAAUGAAUUGGAUUUUCAUUU